UUCACGCCGUUCGAGUGAAGUAUCGCGAGAAAUGACUGGGCUCGGUUCCUCUUCCCUGCUAAGCUCCUCGACAGCCUGCAGCAGCAGCAACCUAGACAUCAAAGAAGGCGGGGCUAUUCAAGCAAAGUGGGCGGAGGCUUCCGGCGAGGUUUGGCACUGACGUGGAGAAUCCACGGGGCUGCCUCUUGGCUUGACAGGUAGAGACGAAGAAGAAGAAGACGAUCAAGUGGAUGCGGAUGCUGAGCUCGAGCCAGGUGCUUCCGGUAGUUUGGGACAAUCAAAGUCUCUCAUAAGAAGCCAUCAGUAAUUUGGAACAAUGUUUGCAGACUUGGACUAUGACAUUGAAGAGGACAAGCUGGGGAUUCCCACUGUGCCUGGGACAGUGACCCUGAAAAAGGACUCUCAAAAUCUGAUUGGAAUCAGCAUUGGUGGAGGAGCUCAGUACUGUCCUUGCCUCUAUAUAGUUCAGGUUUUUGAUAACACUCCUGCAGCUCAAGAUGGAACUUUGGCAGCUGGUGAUGAAAUCACAGGCGUGGAUGGGAAGUCAGUCAAAGGAAAAACUAAAGUAGAAGUGGCCAAAAUGAUACAGGUAGUGAAGGGAGAAGUGACGAUGCACUACAACAAACUCCAGGCUGAUCCGAAGCAGGGAAAGACAUUAGAUAUUGUGCUGAAGAAAGUGAAGCACCGCCUGGUGGAGAACUUGAGCUCAGGGACAGCAGAUGCCUUGGGGCUGAGCCGAGCUAUCCUCUGCAAUGAUGGACUGGUAAAGAGAUUGGAGGAGCUGGAGAGGACUGCAGAACUAUACAAAGGCAUGACGGAACACACAAAGAGUCUCCUCAGAGCUUUCUUUGAACUAUCUCAGACUCACAGAGCAUUUGGUGAUGUUUUCUCAGUCAUUGGUGUACGGGAGCCUCAGCCAACUGCUAGUGAAGCGUUUGUGAAAUUUGCCGAUGCCCAUCGCAGCAUUGAGAAGUUUGGAAUCCGCCUACUUAAAACUAUCAAACCGAUGCUGACUGACCUGAACACUUACCUGAACAAAGCCAUUCCUGAUACAAGGCUAACUAUCAAGAAAUAUUUGGAUGUCAAGUUUGAGUAUUUGUCUUACUGUCUCAAGGUGAAGGAGAUGGAUGAUGAGGAAUACAGCUGCAUUGCACUGGGGGAGCCUCUCUACCGGGUCAGCACUGGGAAUUAUGAAUACCGCUUAAUCCUGCGUUGCCGCCAGGAGGCACGUACACGCUUUGCCAAGAUGAGGAAGGAUGUGCUUGAGAAGAUGGAGCUGCUAGACCAGAAACAUGUGCAAGACAUCGUGUUCCAGCUCCAGCGCUUUGUCUCUACCUUUUCCAAGUACUACGAUGACUGCUAUGCUGUGCUGCGGGAUGCUGAUGUCUUCCCCAUCGAGGUGGAUCUGGCACGUACCACACUAAGUUACGGCCAGAAGGAUGUCUUCACGGAUGGUGCAGAGGAUGAGGAUGAAGAGGAAGGGGGUGGUGGCAGGGAAUGCAACAGGGAGGAGGAAGAGAAUGGUGAGAAACUCAUUGAUGAUGCCUGAACUCACAGACUUGACGAGGUGGAAAAUCCCUUCAGAGACCGAUAAAUUCUAUUUCUCUAGGCAACUUGUCCACAGUGACUUUUCUGUCUGUAUAAGCCCAGUCAGGGAAUCAAGAUUCAGCUCUGGAUGUGGGUGGUUGGGGGUGGCUUGUGCCCAAGGUGCUUAAGCGCACAAUCCUUCUUCCAAAAAACAAAUGUCCCCCUUCCUUGACACUCUGAAUGACCUUUCCCCAAACUCUCAUUGCUCAUCCCUGGAAGCGGCUGGUAGAAGAUAACUGCUUGGGAACACUCUUGAGCCUAACCUAUUGUCGCUCUCUGUACAAAGGGAUUGUGAAUGAAUGUGCAGGACACACUCCCAUUAACUAAAAGGAAAAGGAGAGGAAGAAUGGCUAAGAUGCUUUAUCUCCUUCUUUCUCUUCCACUUUUAAUCUUCAGCUGUGUUCUUGUUAGUAGGUGGGUUUGACAACAUGCCCCUUCCCCACCACUGGUCAUGGUCCUUAUUAGACAAGAAGGGUGGCAUAGUAAAUGGGAGCUGGCUGAAGCCAGAAAUGUCAGCCUCUGUGCGACUAAUAAUUAAAGGGCAUCCAGAAGAAUCAGUCUUACCACUGUCAUUCUCCGCAUCAGGAUCAGGUCAGUAUAUGGACAGGCAAUAUGGAACUUGACAACGGGGGUGGGUGGGGGUUAGACUACCCUGGUUUAUGGUCCCAAUCCCCGCUGGUCUUAAGGAUUGCACUGCCUGCCUUUUACACUCUCUGGCAUAGGCGCUUUGCUGCAUGAUCUUUUCUAAAACGUAAGCCUUAUACAGUAUUUAAGAAGAAGUUAAGUUUGAAAAAAUUUUAUGGGGGGAUAUCUUUGGAAUGAGGCCAUAGAUCGCUGACAUUAAAGAUCAAACAACCAUUUUAAGCAUCAAAGGUCUCGAUUUCUACCGUGCACUUUCAUUACAUGUAUGCAUUUACUUUAUUUAUUCUGAAAUGCUGCUUCUGAGGACAGAGAUGCCAUUAUAUACCCCAAACCAGUGUCCUCCCCCACUCACCCACAUAAAUCCUCCAACACCAAAGGAAGAUGGGGGGGUGGUGGAAACUCUUGUUUGUUCUUUGAGGAAUUCUUCCAAUCCUGUAUCUUUCUACAAUUUUUAAUGCCGUAGGGGUGGCAUUUAACCCUGAUGAGUAAGAGUGAUCUUUUGGAAAUAAGAGGCCUUUGGUUUCUCCUUAACUCCAUGUAGAUUGUGCCAACUGGAGAAAACCUUUAUAAGAGCAUUAAAUUUAGGACAUAUAUGCUUUUCCCCUUGGUUUUUGUCUUCUGUUGUGUCUUUCUUUGUGAACGACCAAGAAAAGGCCACCUGGGUCAAGGGUGCUCUUCAGUGGGGUUUUCCAUAUCAAAUUGUAUGACUAAUAAAGAAAAAUGUGAACUUUC